AAGCCUCUCUCUCCUCUGACCUUUGUAACACUUCGCAUUUCCAUCAAAUGGCCACUACCACCACCAUUACCAACACCAUCAGUCUCUCUCCACUUCAAAAAUCUCCAUUUCAUCUUCGCUUACUAUCUUCUUCUUAUUAUUCUUCCCAAAAUACCCCUAAACUCUCAUUCUAUUCACACUCUAAACCCUUCCUCCCUUUCCCUUCCAUCUCCUUAAAGCCCUCCGUAACAGUAAUUAAACCUCGUCCUCUGUUUAUCUCUGCAGCCGUCAAGAACCUGACGGAGACGGAGUUAGUUUCCGUCCCGUUAACGGCUGAUGAGUUCUCCCAGAAAUUACCGUCGGAAUCUGGGGUUUACGCCGUUUACGAUAAGAACGAUGACCUUCAAUUCAUUGGUAUAUCACGGGACAUCGCUGCUAGCGUUUUCUCUCACCUUAAGUCUGUGCCAGAGCUUUGCUGCUCAGUUAAGGUUGGAGUGGUAGAUGAACCUGAUAGAACUACACUUACCCAAGCAUGGAAAUCAUGGAUAGAAGAACACAUAAAAACCACUGGAAAGGUUCCACCAGGCAAUGAAUCAGGGAAUGCCACAUGGAUCAAGCAGCCACCGAAGAAGAAGGCUGAUCUCCGGCUUACCCCUGGCCGUCACGUGCAGCUAACAGUUCCUCUAGAGGACCUUAUUGAGCGAUUAGUGAAGGAGAAUAAGGUGGUGGCUUUUAUCAAGGGAUCACGAAGUGCUCCAAUGUGUGGAUUCUCUCAAAGAGUAGUUGGCAUUCUUGAAAAUCAAGGAGUAGAUUACGAGAGUGUAGAUGUUCUUGAUGAAGAAUACAAUUAUGGGUUGAGGGAGACACUAAAGAAGUAUAGCAACUGGCCUACAUUCCCGCAAGUUUUUGUCAAUGGUGAGUUGAUUGGAGGAUGUGAUAUUUUGACCUCCAUGCAUGAAAAGGGUGAGCUUGCUGGUUUGUUGAAAAAGUAGGGUCUUAACUUUUCAGCACUUGCCCUUUCUGAAUGGGGAGAUGUAAUAGAUCAAUUUGACAUUAGGAGAAAACCAAGAAAAUGGAGCUCUUUAAAGUUUAUCAUUCUUGUAUUUUAAUGUUUUCAACUCGUAAGCUUUCUUCCAUCCGAGUCGUAAAGAUGAGAAAAUGCCAGCUAAUUUUUCAUCACA